AUCUACCUCUAGAAUCAUUAACUUCCCUGGAGUUUGGGAAUUUGGGGUUCUAGCCUCUGAGAUGUGCCACCCUGUUUCAGGGAUAGCAGAAGGAUGUUCAGGAAGCCAGAAAUGCAAUUGGUGUCAUUUGAAGACGUCGCUGUGGACUUCACCUGGCAAGAGUGGCAGCACCUGGAUGUUGUUCAGCAAAACCUCUACAGAGAUGUGAUGCUGGAGAACUACAGCAGCCUGGUGUUCUUGGGGAACUGUAUGACCAAACCGUAUUUGAUCUUCAAGUUGGAGCAUGGAUUUGCACCAUGGAGUGUAUUAGAAGGAUCAACUCAGGGGCUUCCAGAAUUAAAAACUCAACAGAAAAUGCACUGGAUAGAGACUGAUGAUUUUAAACAAUGCCAGAAUACUGUUUACCAGAAGUUACAUCAGACUUGUUAUCAAGGAACAAACACAGGUGACAGGCUGUAUGAAUGUAGGACAACCUUUAUCUCUAAGUCACACGUCACUAAUCAUCAGGGAACUCAAGCAGGUUAUAAGCCAUAUGAAUGUAGCAAAUGUGGGAAAGCUUUCCUGUCCAAGUCACAUCUUAAUAAGCCAUAUGAAUGUCCUGCAUGUGGGAAAGCCUGCAUUACAAACUCAGAUCCUAAUAAGCAUCAGAGAAAUCAGACAUAUGAGAUCCCUUAUGAAUGCAUUGAAUGUGGGAAAACUUUCAUCUCCAUAUCACAACUUACUAAUCAUCAGAUAACUCACACAGAAGAGAAAUCAUAUGAAUGUACUGAAUUCGGAAAAGGCUUCCUCCACAAGUCACAGUUAACUAAUCAUGAUAGAACUCACUCAGGUGAGAAACCAUAUAAAUGCACUGAAUGCGGAAACGGCUUCCUCUAUAAGUCAGUUCUUACUACGCAUCAGAGAACUCACACAGGUGAGAAGCCAUAUGAAUGUAUUGAAUGUGGGAAAGCUUUCAUCUCCAAGUCACAUCUCAUGAGUCAUCAGAGAACUCACACAGGUGGAAAGCCCUAUGAGUGUACUGAGUGUCAGAAAGCUUACAGCUGUAAAUCAUACCUAACGAUUCAUUGGAGAAUUCAUACAGGUGAAAAGCCCUAUGAAUGUCCUGAAUGUGGGAAAGCCUUCAUCUCCAGAUCACAGUUCACUAAUCAUCAGAGGACUCACAAAGGUGAGAGACCAUAUAAAUGUAUUCAAUGUGGGAAAAGCUUCAUCCACAAGGCAGAUCUCACAAAACAUCAGAGAAUUCACACAGGUGAGAAGCCAUAUAAAUGUACUGAGUGUGGGAAAGCUUUCAUCUGCAAGUCUCGGCUUAAUGGGCAUCAGAGAACUCACACAGGUAUGAAGCCAUAUGAAUGUACUGACUGUGGGAAAGCUUUCAUCAGCAAGUCACAUCUUAUUACGCAUCAGAGAACCAACACAGGUGAGAAACCAUAUGAAUGUCCUGAAUGUGGGAAAGCCUUCAUCUCCAAUUCAUACCUCACUAAUUAUCACAGGACUCCCAAUGGUGAGAGACCAUAUAAAUGUAUUCAAUGUUUAAAAAGCUUCAUCCGCAAGGCACAUCUCACGAAUCAUCAGAGAAGUCACACAGGUGAGAAGCCAUAUGUAUGUACUGAAUGUGGGAAAGCUUUCAUCUACAAGUCACAUCUUAAUAGGCAUCAGAAAAUUCACACAGGUGAGAAGCCAUAUGAAUGUACUGACUGUGGGAAAGCUUUCCUCUGCAAGUCAGAGCUUAUCAAGCAUCAGAGAACGCACACAGGUGAGAAGCCAUAUGAAUGUACUGACUGUGGGAAAGCCUUCAUCUCCAAGUCACAGCUCACUAAUCAUCAGAGGACUCACAAAGGUGAGAGACCAUAUAAAUGUAUUCAAUGUGAAAAAAGCUUCAUCCGCAAGGCAGAUCUUACAAAUCAUCAGAGAAUUCACACAGGUGAGAAGCCAUAUAAGUGUACUGAAUGUGGGAAAGCUUUCCUCUGCAAGUCACAUCUUAAUGGGCAUCGGAGAAUUCACACAGGUGAGAAGCCAUAUGAAUGUACUUACUGUGGGAAAGCUUUCAUCACCAAGUCACAUCUUAUUAUGCAUCAGAGAGCACACACAGGUGAGAAACCGUAUGAAUGUCCUGAAUGUGGGAAAGCCUUCAUCUCCAAGUCACAGCUCACUAAUCAUCAGAGGACACACAAAGGUGAGAGACCAUAUAAAUGUAUUCAAUGUGAAAAAAGCUUCAUCCACAAGACAGAUCAUACAAAUCAUCAAAGAAUUCACACAGGUGAGAGUCCAUAUAAAUGUACUGAAUGUGGGAAAGCUUUCCUCUGCAAGUCACAUCUUAAUGGGCAUCGGAGAAUUCACACAGGUGAGAAGCCAUAUGAAUGUACUGACUGUGGGAAAGCUUUCAUCAGCAAGUCACAUCUUAAUAGGCAUCAGAGAACUCACAGGUGAAAAGCCAUGUGCUUGAUCUGAAUGUGGGAAAGCCUUCAUCUCCAAGUCACAUCUCACAGAACAUCAGAGAACUCACACAGGUUAGAAGCCAUUUGAAUGUACUGAAUGUGCAAAAGCUUUCAUCUCCAAGUCAUGGCUAACAAUUCAUCAGAGAAUUCAUAUAGGUGAAAACCCUUAUCGAUGUAAUGAAUGAGGGAGAGUUUUGUUUGUAAAGUAAGACCUUACGAACCAUGAAAUAAUUCACAUGACCAUUUUAAGUGUGGUAAUAGUUUCAUCUUCAAGACAAAUCUCACUCUGCACUAGAGAACUCACAGGUUUAAAGAUAUAUGAGUGUGCUUAAUGUGGUAGAGCUUUUCUUGCCAAGUCAGAUCUUUGUAAUCAUCAGAUAAUUCAUAAAGGUGAGAAGUUAUAUGAUGAAUUUAUUGCUAAAUCAAAUGCUAUUAAACAUUACAGAACACCCAGGUGAGAAUCCAUAUGAAUAUAGUAGUGUGGUAAAGUUUUCCUCUUCAAAUCACAGCAUACUAUGUAUCACAGAACUCACACUGGAAAACCAUAUAAAUAUAAUGAAUGUGGAAACACAUUCAACUCCUAGUGGGUAUUAAUGUAAAAGAUGUGAGAACGCUUUCUGCCUGAAGUCACAACUCAGUGUGCAUCUUUAGACAGGUGAAAAGCCAAAGGAAUAUACUAAAAGUGAGAAAAUCUUUUUACUGAAGUCACAAGUCAAGAAUUAUAAGAGAACACACACAGGUGAGAAAUAAGUUUAAUAUAAUAAAUUAAAAAAGGUUUCUUGUAGAAGUCAAACCAAAUUUUGUAUUUGAGGAUUUACAUAGGAGGGAAAACAGAAUCUAUGUAGAUGUAAUUGUUGAAAUACAUUCAUCUCCCAGUCACAGAUCAAUGUACAUCAGAGAACUCACACAGAUGGAAAAACUAUGUAAAUGUAAGAAAUGUGUAAAGGCUUUUAUUUGUUCAUGUUAUACUACUAUGUAUGAGGGAGUUCAUGUAACUUAGAAAUCAUAUGAAUGUUGAGAACUUGCAGAUAAUAUUCAUGAAUCUGAAAAGCAUGCAUUUUGUUCUUUAAGUCAUACUCUAGUGAAUUUCUGAAAAUAUAUCAGUUUUCUUUUUUAACUUGGUUGUGGGAAGUAUAUGGGUUGAUUUAGGAACUUGCACUUGAAGAGCCAUGCAGUGAUGUACACAAAUCUCAAUGGCCAAUUGUGAUGUUUGGAAAACUAAAAGCAGAACGAAGUAUGGGUAUAAGAAAUUUUGACAGUAGUGUUUUGUGAUGAUUACUUGCUGUGUUCUGACCAGUUCCUGGGAACUUGAAGAAUGUUGAAUAUAAAACCAGUCAUCUGUUGUCUUGCAGAGGAAAUUUCUAGAAGUUUUGAAUUUCAAGACAUAGAAACAUUUGUUUGAACUGCAACUCUUUCAGAGAUUUCAGUCUGAGGAUCAGAAUACUGAUAUGUAUUAAAACAGAAUGAGUCUGAAAAUAGGAGAGGUCUGUAAUGACAAUGUUAAAGGAUAUUACUGUUCUGUUUGGGUGACUCCAUUUAUAUUGCUAUGGAAGUAGAAUAAAUACAGGAAAGAAAGAGAAGUCAGGAAGAACACAAAGCCUUCACAUUGCCACUUUGCAAUGAAGGGAUGUCCAAGUUCCUGUGUGGAAACCAUAUCAUGUCAAAAAAUAGAGCUGUGAGGAUGAAAAAUGUUUCAGUGUAGCUGCUUAGAUUUUCUGGGAAUUGCUUGUAAGGAAUGCUGCUCAUGCUGGCAUUAUUUAACUUCCCCAUAAAGCUAGCUUUCAGGGGUGGAGGGGUUAGAUUUUGAGAACAGGUGGUUUUUUUCCCCCCUCAGAUUCCUUAGGUAACGGUGUAAGGGUUGAAGUUUGUCCUGUCUUUUUCUAAUUCUAUUGCUUCACCAUUUCCUUGGUGUAUCUUCUUUUUGUAAUGUAUUGUUUACUAUGUGUUGGAAAUAGUAACUGUAGUGUAAGUUAACAAAGCUCAAAAUUAAUAGACUUUCUGGUAUCUCAGUUGAGAUGCUGGGAUUUUUAGCAGUUUUCUAUUUGCUAAAGACUGGAGAGUUUUACAUCAUAGUGAAUGCCUAUGUAAUCAUAAAAUAGUCAUGGGUUUAUGGGGUCUAGGAUCAAAAUUUGGAUAUUUGAAUGCAGUGUUUCUCCUUUAGCCUUAUGUUUCUUUUCAAUUCAUGCUUACCUAGAACUCAUUAUGUACACUAAGGCCAGCUCCCAAUUCACAUUGAUCCAUCUAACUCUGCUUUCUGAAUGUGGAAUCAAAAGCAUGUAUUACUAUGCCCAGCUGUUACUCAAAUUUUAAUGUAUGUAAUUGAUGUAAUGUGUAAUGAACAUAAGACUAAUAUCUGAUAUAUGACUACUAAAAAUUAUUUAAAGGACUGGGGAGAUGGUUAAUUGGGUAAUGUGAACACCAUACAAACAUGAGAGAGUGCCUUUGCAUCCCCAUUUCCCAUGAAAAAAUGAUGGCUGUGGGGUUGGCAAAAUUACUCAGUGAUUAAUGCAUUGCCUGCAAAGCCCAGUGACCAAUGUUUUGUUCCCCAGGACCUACAUGAAGACAUAAGGAGAGUGUCACAUUCAUCCUGAGUUCAUAAAGGUCCUGCCAUUCACGAUCUAUAUAUGUAUCUCUCUUUCUCCUUAAAAAUGAAAAGUAAAUGUGUGAAACAUUUCACAAUA